AUGGCUCCCCAUGCUCGUUACAGGCCCCCCUCUGGCGCACAUCAUGGCCAGCAAGCCAGGCAAGCCGUCGAGGGAGCAGUUCGUCUCGGCGAGCCAAUGCCAGGCUGCGGCUGGCUAGAGCGGCUUUGGGGCUGGCCUAGCUUCGUCAUGGCGGUUUGGCUGCUGCGUCACUUGACUGGACAGCCGGCUGCCCUGCUAUACCGCCAGGAACGGGCAUUAAUUGGCACUGGCACUGGCUCGUCUGCCGAACCACUCCCUCUUGUCCCUUGCCACCUCUCUCCUCAUCGCCCCGCUGCUAGCAGUCGGACAGCGCGGCUACGUGCCAAAUCACAGCCAAGCUAUGCCCGUUUUACCGCUGUCACCUCCACGUCCAACGUCAGCAAUACCCUCCCUUCGCUGCCCGCCUCGAGACAUGAAGAUGGACACGGCCUGUUUCAUCCUACCCGUUCGCAGUGGGGGGUUGCUCGCUGCCCGGGAUGGACAGCCAAGCACGGAUUCGAUAUGCAGCUCGGACAGACUACGCUCGUUUGA